GUAGGCUAGGAAAUGACCCAGCUACUUCACCUCCACCUCCAGGGGUCAACAGGCUACUUCACCUCCACCUCCAGGGGUCAACAGGCUACUUCACCUCCACCUCCAGGGGUCAACAGGCUACUUCACCUCCACCUCCAGGGGUCAACAGGCUACUUCCCCUCCACCUCCAGGGGUCAACAGGCUACUUCCCCUCCACCUCCAGGGGUCAACAGGCUACUUCACCUCCACCUCCAGGGGUCAACAGGCUACUUCCCCUCCACCUCCAGGGGUCAACAGGCUACUUCCCCUCCACCUCCAGGGGUCAACCUCCAGGGAUCAACAGGCUACUUCCCCUCCACCUCCAGGGAUCAACAGGCUACUUCCCCUCCACCUCCAGGGAUCAACAGGCUACUUCACCUCCACCUCCAGGGAUCAACAGGCUACUUCACCUCCACCUCCAGGGGUCAACAGGCUACUUCACCUCCUCCUCCAGGGGUCAACCUCCAGGGGUCAACAGGCUACACUUCAAUACUCAAACCAAGAUCUGUCACUGACUGCAGCUCACCAACAUGACAAAUAAAACAUGUAAUCACAAAAAAAGCUUUCCACCUGUCUAAUGAUUAGCUAACGAGCCAUAUCUAACAGUUAGAAAUAAUGACAAAGGAAUUUACAAGAGACAGCAAACAGCAAACAUGUAACUACCGAAAAAAACAUUCUUUGAAGUUCAAUGCAGACUUUUAUACUAAGUCAUGAUCUGCUGUUAGCUAGCUACUGUUUAGGUAGACUAACCUUUCAGGUUAACUGACAUUAGCUAAACUUGUGAUGAAACUGUGUGAUGUUGCUAAUCUUGCUUUUGAAAUAAAAGAUAAAUUACUGAAUA